GGUAUUAGGGAAAUUCAAAAAUAAAAAUAUAUAAAAUGUUGCAUAACCUCUAACUCUACACAAAAUUUUCGAAAAAUGAUUUCACUCACUCGUCACGUCUUAAUUCCAGUCGUUUUUCUGCUCAUAUGCAUACGUAAAUAUAGAGAAAGCACCUGGGGCAAAUGUAAAAAUAAAGUUAAACUCGAUGGGAAACUUGCGAUUGUGACCGGUGCAAACUCGGGAAUCGGUUACCAAAUCGCGAAGGAACUGGCAAGUCGCGGUGCCCACGUGAUAAUGGCCUGUCGAAAUCUGGGAAGGGCGGCUACAGCCGUGCGAAAAAUUAAACAGGAGUUAAGCUGCUCGUCGAUUAUCAUACCUAUGGAGCUCGAUUUGGAAUCGGUGGACUCAAUCUUACUCUUCGUCGACGAAAUUGAAGCCACGUACUCUUCGGUUCACAUUUUAGUAAACAACGCGGGCGUUUCACAUCCUUCAAGUACUCGUUGUAAGACAAAGCACGGUUUCGAAAUUCACUUUGGCGUAAACUACCUCGGCCAUUUUAUACUGACCAAUCUGUUGAUGGGAUUGCUCGAUCGAGAAACGAGCCGCAUUAUCGUGAUAUCAUCUUUAAUGCACGAACGAGGGAAAAUAUACUUGGAUGACUUGAACCUCGAACGAACCAUCUCGAAGACUGAUCCUUACGCAAACUCGAAGUUGGCGAAUAUUUAUUUUUGCAAGGAACUCGCCAGACGCACCGAGGGAAGGCCCAUAAGCGUGUACGCUGUCUGCCCGGGCUGGGUGUAUACGAAUUUAUUUCGGCAUCAAAAUCUGAAGUGGUAUCAGAUUCUGCUAAGUCUUCCGUUCGCAUUUUUAUUUAUGAGAACGCCGACUCAGGGUGCCCAAACUGCCAUUUACUGUGCGACCGAGCCAGAUUUAAAAAAUGGUCAAGUUUACAGGGAUUGUAAGGAGUAUCGGUCGAAGGUGAACUUUGAUCAAGGCGUGUCGAAGAAAUUGUGGGAAAUAAGUCGUGAUUUUGUGAAAACGAUCCAUAGUAAUGUGAAAUUGUGGGAUCUCUAUGGAUCGUCGUUUCUAUGAAGUAUCUCGUCAGUCAUUGUUAAAUAAAUGUCAACUUUUGUUUUCCG